AAGGGUUCGUUCAUCAACGCUAACUUUCCCCUCUCCCGCUCCACAGUCCACACACUUAACGCAGCCAUAACCUCUCUCCGCCUUUUCCGUUCUCCAGCGGCUGCCACUGUUUGUUUGCCGGCGAAUCUAAACCCCUUCUUCGUCGGUUUCUUCCUCUUUUUUCAGGGCUGCAGUGUGUUUUGAAAGUUGGUUAAUGGCCACUGAGAGGAAUGCUAUGGAUUCUGAGCCGCGAACUGUAACAGAUGCUGAUUCUACAACAAAGAAACAUGAUGAGUCUCUUCUAACAGCUGACACAAGUCGUAUCGUCAAAGGGUCAACUACCUCAUCUGUGGCCGUUAGUGCAGGUGAUAAUGGAUGUGUUGUAGUCCCUUCUCAGCCAAACAAAAAUGGUCAAGCAUGUGCUACGGAUUUUCUAAAGGCAAGUCACGGUGACAAAAACAACAGUUCAUAUAACUCUCAUGCUUCGAAUCUGCACGGUGAUCGAGCAACAAGAAGCUAUUGUUGGUCUCAAACUUCGGUUUCAAAUGCUAAGCCUCCAGAAAAUCUCAAUGUUUAUGGUAGACUUCCUUCCUUCACACAAUCACAUGCGUCCAGACCCAUAUUCAAGGGAAAGCAACCCGCAGGACAGUUUAUAAAACAUCCCAAUCAAAAGACAAGCUCCGUCCCAUAUAGUGGUUACCACAGUAAUGGAAAUACAAAUAGUGGUUUCAGGGAUCUCAGAGAUGAACACAAGAAGCCUGAGAGAAAUGGUUACGAUCAUGGAAAUGCAAAUAGGGGUUUCUUGGAUCACAGAGAUGAAUACAAGAAGCUUGAGAGAAACGGAGAUUCUGAUUCAUUAGCUGAAAUGAAAUGCGGUCCGAGAACCAGUGCAAAGGCUCACCCUCCUUCUGAGUCAUCAUUAUCACUCAAGAAGCAAAACAGUUCUUUUGUCUUGGAUCUUCGUAGAGAAAUGUUCAACCUCCCGGAUUUUCAGAUAGACUACGAGGAUGCCAAGUUUUUCGUUAUCAAAUCCUACAGCGAAGAUGAUGUUCACAAGAGCAUCAAAUAUUCAGUAUGGUCAAGUACUGUGAAUGGAAACAAGAAACUCGAUGCAGCUUACCGUGAUGCUGAAGCCAAAACCGUCGUUGAUGGCAAGAAACGUCCAAUUUUCCUCUUCUUCUCGGUGAAUGCGAGUAGACAGUUUGUGGGAUUAGCAGAGAUGGUUGGAUACGUGGACAUGAACAAGGACUUAGAUUUCUGGCAAGUUGAUAAGUGGUGCGGCUUCUUCCCUGUGGAAUGGCAUGUGGUUAAAGACGUUCCUAACUGGGACCUAUGCCAUAUCAUCCUCGACAACAAUGAGGGCAAGGCGGUUACUCAUACGAGGGACACUCACGAGAUCAAACUCAAAGAAGGUCUUCAAAUGCUUUCGAUAUUCAAGAAGUUUUCUGCGGUGACAUCUUUGUUAGAUGACAUGGACUUUUAUGAAGAACGUGAGAAGUCUCUUAGAUUGAAGAAGGAUCAUAAACCAGCUACUCUUCGCAUGGAUGUUUUCAAGGAGAGAGACUAUGAUUAUGAGAAUGGAGGCAAUAGGAGAAUGAAUCAAGAUAGAGGAUAUAAUUGGAGCAGAAGUAGCAGACAACAACAACAGUCUCUUGUCAAUCAAACCAAGAAUCUCUCCAUAAGAGGAGGCUAUUCUGUUUCCAAGAAUAACACUCGCAAUCCAAGAUGAGACACAUUCUUAGUUCCUCUCCUAUUUAUUAGUGAAUUAAUUUACUUAGUUCAGAUUCUUGUUAUGUUUUCCUUAGUUAGGGCAUUCUUCUUCAGUGUGUUUUGAGAGAUUGCAGAUUUCAUUUUCAAAUCUCAUAAAUAAAUCAAUCGUUGAAUAUGUUGU